GUAAUCAUAUCAGUUAUUAUAUAUUAAUCUUCACUCAUCAUAACAUCUCCUUCGUUGAAGAGAAAACAAUGGGUGAGACAAACAGUAGUAGCAAAAGCAGUAGGUGGUCUUUGCAAGGAAUGACAGCACUGGUCACCGGUGGAUCCAAAGGAAUCGGAUAUGCUGUUGUAGAGGAGUUGGCACAACUUGGGGCAACUGUACACACUUGUGCUCGAAACGAAGCUGAACUCGGCGAAUCCUUGAACGAAUGGACCACGAAAGGAUACAGAGUAACCGGUUCGGUCUGUGACGUGACCUCUCGUCUUAACAGAGAAGAGCUGAUAGCUAGAGUCUCUUCUCAGUUCAAUGGAAAACUCAAUAUCCUUGUAAACAACGUGGGAACAAACAUACCGAAACAAACCCUGGAGUUAACAGCGAAAGAUUUCGCAUUUCUGAUCAACACGAAUCUUGAAUCUUGUUUCCACUUAAGCCAGCUUGCACAUCCUCUCCUAAAAGCUUCAGAAGCUGCAAGUAUCAUUUUCAUGUCCUCGGUUGCUGGUGUUGUAGCUACAAACUUAGUAUCCAUUAUCUAUAGUGCAACAAAAGGUGCAAUAAACCAAGUGACAAAAAAUCUGGCAUGUGAAUGGGCGAAAGACAACAUAAGGACUAAUUGUGUUGCACCAGGGCCAAUUAAAACCCCUCUUGGGGAUAAGGUCUUUAAAGAGGAAAAAGUUCAGCGUGGUCUCAUUUCUGAAAUCCCUCUUGGACGGAUUGGAGAGGCAGAGGAGGUGUCUUCGUUGGUGGCCUUUCUGUGCUUGCCUUCAGCUUCUUACAUCACAGGACAGACCAUUUGUGUUGACGGCGGUUUCAGUGUUAAUGGCCUCCAUAUAUUCUAGCCUUAGUUUUCACUUUUUCUCUGUCAAGUCAGUUACACUCUCAUUGCAUUGGUUUCUGUCUCAUUUAAGAAUAAAUUAACAGACUGUACUUUCCUAAAUUGUGUUUGAAUUCACAUUUAGUUGUCAAUCUCGCAGUGAGAGUGUAGUAUGUUAAAUGUAUUUUGGAAUGCAUCAUGUUUAUUGUCUGGUUUUAAUAAAACACAGCGCUUGUUUUCA